CACCCCCAGCCGCACUUUUUGAUCAUUUCAAACUUGUGUAUAAGCCUUGCCGGCCCUUCCGCUUUUUUCUCUCCUAUUUUUUUUUCUUCAAGAAAUUUGGAACUAUUUAAAUGCGGCUGAAAAUAAACAUGUUUCAUUAGAAGAUAUCUAUAAACAAAAUAUCCCCCUCUUCUUUUUCUUUGUUAUUUUUUGUGUCGUCUCUUUAUUUUUUCUUUUCUGUUGCUGUCAAAUGUACAUGUCAAGAAGAGAGCCACAUCCCGCGUCAUGCCGGCUUCCAAGACCCACGGAUCAGGCAAGACCGAAGCAAACGGAGGCUCGGCGUCGCAGCAAAACUCGGGCUCACAAAAGGUGUCCAAGCCGCCCAGGAAGCGCCGGCCGGGGGCUUGGGGCACAUCCAAGGUCCGCACUGGGUGCCAGACUUGCAAAACAAGACACAAAAAGUGCGACGAGGGCAGGCCUGCCUGCGAACAGUGCCUGACGGCGGGGUGGGAUUGCGACUUCCUGCAGCAGCCGCAGCAGCAGCAACAGCAAUACUACACCUACCCGCAGCAAGAUCCCUCCAGGACCCAGGUGGAGGCCGAAACCAUCAUGUCGCCGACGGAUCCAUUUUCGACUCGUGACGGGAGGCAACUGCUUUGGGAUCACGACGAGAUGUGAUUGUUUGAGAUGCUUGAAAAGGGCGAGUUUUCGAACUUUUUUUUCCCCGACGCGUGAUAUAAGGUGGGGACCAGUUUUAUAUAUACCAGCGCAACAUAACUUUUGUUAUUCCCAGUUGCGUAUUACGAAUUUACGAAACAGAUGGACUUGGCUGGCAGUAUAGAAAGGGCCAAGUGUGGCUGGCGUUUCUUUUUUUUUUUUUUUUUUCCCUCCUUUCUCCUAGACACUCUAUUUAUCUAAUCGAUUUCUUUCCCAACAACGCUCAA